AUGAAGAAAAACUCGACAGCUUUCAUAAUCUUGUGGUUUAUCUGGUCUGUGAGCCAAGUCGACCUUGUACAGAACUACAAAGGAAAAAGCGAAAGCUUAAGCUAUGUGUUCACAAAAGGAGACUUCAUCAUUGGUGGCCUGUCACCCGUUCAUUUCUCCCCAACUGAAGCCGAAGAACAGCAAAAUCCAAAUUCGUUCACUUGCCAAGGAUUGUUAAACACCCGCGGCUUUGAAGCCGUCGAAGCGAUGCUUUUUACUAUGGAUAUGAUAAACGAAGGGCCACUUAAAGACAUCGUGUUACCAAACAUUACCAUUGGCAUGGACAUUAAGGACACUUGUGGUAGCGGAGACUACGCUGUUCGCGAGUCGCUGAAUUUCUCGUUCAUUCGCAACGCUCACGUACAAGAAUGCUCGGGCACGAAGCCGCCCGACGAACAACUACAGACCGUUGCCGUCGUCGGUGCGGCGUACAGUGGCGUGUCGAUGGCAGUUACGAACCUAUGCGGAUUGUUUUAUGUACCAGUGGUGAGUUACGCAUCGACCAGCAGUUUGUUAAGUAACCAAGUCAGAUUCCGUUACUUCUUGAGGACAGUACCCAAUGACAUGCUGCAGGCAAAAGUCAUGGCGGAUCUGGUUCGCGCUAUGAAAUGGAACUAUGUCAUCACACUGGCUUCGGACAGCGAGUACGGACGGUCGGGCAUUGAAGCGUUCAAACAUGCACUCGCCAGCUUUGGAAAUAGCUACGAUGUCUGUAUUCCUGUAGACGAGAGGUUUACCAAGCGAUCAACAGAUCAGGAAUUCGAGAAGAUCUUUGGAAAAAUGAAAGCCAAUCCUAAGGCAAGAGUUGUGAUUCUCUUUGCUCAGCUACACGAUGCCGACAUACUGAUCAACAAAUUCCGUCAGCACAAGUAUAUGGCAAAGGAAAAGUACGUCUGGGUUGGUUCAGAUGCAUGGGCUGAUUCCAAACAAGUCUUGAAAGGCAACGAGGACAUUCUACGAGGUAUGUUUGGUGUGGUGCCCGAAGUUGUGCAUAUUCAAGAGUUUGACAAGUACUUCACGAAUUUUAAUGACAAAAGACGCAAGCGAAAUCCUUGGAUGCGGGAAUAUGAGUAUUUAAAAGUGGCGCACAAUCCAGCCUUCUACCGCCAGACAUUCAGACAUUAUCCCAAAGCACAGUAUGUUAUGGACGCAGUCUUAGCAAUCGCUUAUGCAUUACAUAACAUGCUCGGCUGUCAGUCUCGCAAAGACUGCUCAUCGAAAAUUUCACAGAAAGUAAAACAGCAAGGCUUUCUCAACUACUUGGAGAGCGUGCGUUUUCCGGGAAAGUCUAGAGAAUACUUUUCUUUUAAUGAGCUUGGCGAUGCCAUUGGCGUUUACGAUAUUCGCCAUCUGCAGCUGGGAGGCGGUAAUUACGAGGUCGUGAAAGCUGGCAAAUGGGGUGCCAAAGAGUGUGAUGUGUUUGGCACGAAUGCAUCGAAAAGUUCCUGUCUUGAUUUGGACAUGAAAAUUAUGAAAAUGGUUAAAGAUAAUCUGAAGAACCACACGGAAAAAGGCAUCCCUUUCUCCACGUGCAGCAAAGCCUGUCCGCCUGGUUUUCACAAGAACCCUGAGAAGAACCACGCAAAAUGUUGCUGGGAAUGCCGACCUUGUAGUGGAAAUGCUAUCACGAACCAAACCAACAUGGACGAUUGUACGCCAUGCCCGCGAGGAGACUGGGCCAAUCAUAAUCACUCGCGCUGCGAGCCGAUAGAACCCACAUCUUUACACUGGCGUGACACCCUAGGUGUAAUAAUCAUCUGUAUAUCAGGGGCAGGAAUCCUGGCUGUCAUUUGCACCUUUACUGUCUACUACAUCUACCGUCAGACUCCAGUGGUUAGAGCUUCCAGCAAGGAACUGUGUUACAUUCUGUUAGUUGGUAUCGCUUGGUGUUACGUUACUCCAAUCGUCUUCCUUGUGGAUAGAACAGACCAGGUCUGUCGCGCUAUUCCUUUUGUGACUGGACUGUGUCCGUCGCUCAUAGCGGGGACGCUUUUAACAAAGACAAACCGCAUCUCAAGGAUUUUCAACCGCAAACUCUUGAAAACUGGCACACCUAGCUUUUUGUCCAAGAAGUGGCAGCUCUUGAUGGUGAUUUGCCUAGCCGUUGUAGAGUGCCUCAUUGGAGGAGGCUGCGUUCUAUUCAGCGAGACAGGAAGCCGCCUCUUGAUCUCGGAAACCAAAAAGGAGGUCUGGAAACAGUGCAUAGGCCUACCUAACAUUUGCACGGCGAUUUGGUGGGUGUACAAUGCAGGCCUUGCAUUAACUUGCACCUAUCAGGCAUUCCGAACACGGAAACUGCCUGAAAAUUACAACGAAACUAAGUUUAUCACCUUCACUAUGGUCAUAACUUGCAUCGUUGUCACUAUCUUCAUUCCAACGUACAUUGGAACACAAGGAAUCUACAGGACUACCAUCACCUGUUUUGUGUUUAUCAUAGGCGGUUCUGCAACUCUCUGUUGUAUGUUUGUACCUAAACUGUACAUAAUUCUGUGGAGGCCCGAGAAAAAUGUUCCCAUGCAACCGCGAUCCUCGACGAUUCGUCUAGGAACCAUCUCUCCUUCAGCGUCCUUUGUGCGACGUUUGAGCGUCGAUUCCAACGCGGAGAGAGUAAAAGAAGGCAGGCAACAACGAAUCCACUCUUUGCCUAGUAUCGAAAUAACCAGAACGGAUGGCGAGGGCGGAAACAGCGAAGACGUACCGAAGUUCAAGAAAACCAAACGAUCCUUUUCCCUCAGUCCGGACAUGUUGUCGAGAGCUCGGUCGAGUCCCAAGCGCAGCUCCGAGCGGAACCCGAGGACGUUUCCGGCCCGUCGGCGAGCUAGUGCUGCAAAUGUGCAAUACCCUGCAUCCAUGGAUAUGAUCGAGGAAGACUGCGAGCUCGAGCAGGUGCUGGAGACAACUGGUGACAGCGACGACGCCGUGUUUGAAAGUCAAGAACUCGUCAGAGGCUUAGAACAGCUGAAACCGCAACUUUACGACCGUGAUAAAUCCACUGGCAGUUUGGAUGUGGAAGAAGGUGACUGCGAUUAUCACGAAAAUGAUGUUUUAUUGUUUUCAACCAUGGAAGACAGAUUGGAAGAGAAAGCUAACUGCGAAGAGGGUUAUACGACGUAUAAGGGUCGUUGUGAUAAUGACAACUCUACCACUUGUACCUUGAAUAAAGAUGACUUUCUUGGUGAAACUGAGAGCGGGUCAAACCCUAAAAUGCACAGCUUUCCAGGGAGUGACUCGGAACUGGGCAUAACCUGCCAACACUGCGGAAAUAACUUCACUAAAACUAAUAAAGACAUCUUGCUGAGAGUUCUUCGCGGACACUUAUCAAACAAUGGCAGAAGCCAAACAGGCGAAAAAGGAAAGAAUCGGAUACUUAACAAAGUGAAUAACCCACAGUACCAGAAUUAUCAAAAUGAUAACGUUGCUCGCAAGAGAAAAACUGGCAUAGCUGAAGUGAUCGCUGGUGAUGAACGCCUAGCGUCUAGUGGUCUGGAUGUGAAUGACAACAGGCCGGUCAAACGACAGCGGAACCCUAGUUAUUACAGAUGCGAAUCUCUCAGUUUGCCUUCCCUAAUCGCUCCUUUCUCUGAAGGAAGAGACUCCCUUGAUUUCAAAGUAAUGGCGAGCAAAAAAGCGCGAGAGAAGCACAAACGCUUUCUUCCAAAUAGAAAGAACUACAUUCCCAGAGAAGAUGAUGUUAAGAGUAAGUCUAAGCCGAAUGGAGACGUUUGUCAUCUUUUUAUAAAUGGCGAAUCCGACGAGUUUAAAACCGAGACUGAUGAGCUACUUUGCGAAGAUGGAGAAGCCGAAACUGUACUGUAA